AUGGAACCAGGUAGUCUUUACGAAUUCACUAAGCUCUUCAAUCAGUACCCUUUGACACGGACUACUAAUGAAAUAUCAAUGAUUUCAUUUUGUUGGUCAUUGACAGGGAACGAGGUGCAACCUAAGACAACUCGGAAGGAUGCGAACCUUAAUCACUUCUCCCGGCUGUCUGAUUCGAUCAUUCAUCACAUCUAUUCGUUUUUACCCACCCGAGAUGUUGCCUGCACCUCCAUCCUGUCCAAGUCCUGGUAUCGUAUCUGGACCCUUUAUUCAUUUGUUGUCUACCAUUUUAUCUGCACUUCGUCGGACCAGGUCGAAGAACAAGAAGAAAAAGGAGUAGGAUGGGUUCAAGAACGUGGUGCAGAGGUUCCUGGUCCAACGUUUGACUGUACUGGCAGUGGCAGCAGAAGAGGCGAUUUCCUGUCAAUGGCAGGAAAAUUCAUCAGACGGCGCUUUAUAGAAAACUUAAAUAUACAGAGAUUCCAAUUGUACAUUGACUGCCCUAAGAUGGGCUCACUGGCUCGAAGAUUGGAUCUAUGGAUUGAUUAUGCAAUGAUGAGGUCUGUGCCAGAGCUUGUUCUUCGCAUUGACUGCUUCACCAGUGGUAAAGAUGUUGGUCAUCGCGUUAACGCUUUUUCGAAUCGUCAAAGGCUCCAUUAUGCUAUACCUCAAUUUGUUGUUGAAGCUAGGUGGCUAAAAAUUUUGGGCUUGAGCGGUUGUAGAUUUACGACUUGUUUGGACAUCAAACUUCCCCAGCUUCAGAGCCUUUCAUUAUGUCAUUCCUGCUUUGAUGAUAAGUCUCUAUUGGAAAGGUUUCUCCUUGGAUGCCCACUGGUUGAGUAUGUGAAGAUAUCAUACUGCAGUUGGAUGGACAAACUUCUCUCUGUCCCGAACUUACCUGAAUUGAAGGAUUUUGAGUGUUUGUUCUGUGAUAUGGUUGACAUUAUUCAAAUCAAUGCAGCUAAGCUUCGUACUUUCUCAUUUGCGACAUUGAAAGAAGUCAAAGAACUUUGGCCAUUGACCAUUGACUGGACAGCCUGUGCUACAGCACUGAAGGAGUUGAAGAUAUAUGCGAAUGGUGCCGCUGACAUAGAUAUGUUAGAGACACCGAUAUCUCAGCUUCUCUUUCUUGAAACAUUGGAUAUACGCGGCUGCAAAAGUUAUGCGGGUUUCAAGAUCUCAAACCAAAAUCUCAAGAGAUUGAUCUUUAGAGAUUGCAGUCACAUGUCAGCUACUCAACUUGAUGCUCCAAAGUUAGAGUUGCUUGAAUUCAACAACUGCGAUAAACCUUUUCUUCCUUGCAAUGCGUCGAAAAAACUUCAGAUUCACUUUAGUUUGUUCUUUAGAGGACAUUCAAUUGAGUGGCUUUUGCGAUUGAAGUAUUUUCACAGGACGUUAGAGCAUUGGGAAGAUUUGAAACUGAUCGUCUAUCCUGAACAUCAGAUGAAGAUUACGGAUGAGCUGCCAAUCAAGGACAUGGCCAUUCAUGACAGACUGAGUAGGUUUGUACUAGAAAAGGCCAGGGAACUUAGCAGUAGUCCGGGCAAAGACCAGAGGCUAAUCAGUUGCGAGCUGGAUACCUCUGAAGCAGUUGACUAUCCACCGGAUCCAGGCGCAGAAGUCUUUAAUGUGAAACACUCAAGUCCUGGCAGCAAGGCUUCUAAAAUAACAUUCUUGUGGAAGUAUGAUGCUUCCCAACAAAG